GACGCAGUUGGACUUCUUCGUUCUCGCUCUAGGCUGUGGCUUGCGAAGCAGGAUCCAGGGCGACCGCGCAAGAAUCGACCGAACAAUCUAAAUAUGCGAGAGUGGCUUUCAGACGGCCUCAAUGUCAUACACAUAACCGGCACGAAAGGCAAAGGCAGUACAGCUGCCUUUACAGACUCGCUCAUACGUGCCCAUUUCCACCGUCUGUCCCGUCCUAUUAAAGUCGGCCUAUACACUUCGCCCACACCUUAUCACUGAGCGGGAGAGGAUAAGGAUCAACUUUGAGCCGCUCUCGAAAGAUACGUUCGCACGCUACUUCUUCGUUGUAUGGAACACAUUACGCAAGAAUGCCAGCGAUGACGGGGACAUGCCCGGGUACCUGCAACUAUUAGCUUUGACGUCUGUGCAUGCGUUCAGGGAGGAAGCUGUCGACGUGGCAAUAUACGAAGUUCACGCUGGUGGACGGAGAGAUGCCACAAAUAUUUUCGAGCGACCUGUAGCAUGCGGCCUCACCACAAUUGGUAUGGACCAUGCCGACCUCCUUGGGGAUACAAUUCGAAGUAUAACGUGGCACAAGAGCGGCAUCAUGAAGCGCGGGCAGCCGGCAUAUUCGGUCAUUCAAGAAAAACCUGUGGCAGAGGAAGUGCUUGAGAAGGAGGCCGCCAAACUGGACUGUCCACUCGAGUUUGUGGACACAUACGCACAUUUACCUGACCACCCCAGAUUGCGCGUGCCGGCGCAGAAGCGGAAUGCAUCACUGGCUAUCCGGUUAGCCAAUGCAUAUCUUGGCAGUUACAAUGACGAGCUUAGUUUAGAUGAUAUCAUAACCGGCACGAGUCGGUGUAACUGGCCUGGACGGUUCCAAACUAUACUGAAAGGACCUCAUCAUUGGGCUUUAGAUGUGGCGCACAAUCAUCUCAGCCUUCCUGUCGCAUUGGCAGUUCCGUCUGCAGGGCUUGUCAAGGGCGUGAAUCGAGACAGCUAUUGUCAAGGGCUGGCCCAGCGCGCGUAUGAACGGAGUUGAUCAUGGCUGACGGGUGCUGAGAAUCCAGCCAAUCAACCAAGCUUUCCAUUGGAGAUGUUGGAGAGAUGGCUGGGGACAAGUCUCAGAUCGCCAGGCUCGCACGCUUUACCGGAUUGAAUAGCAUACUCUCCGGUAAAGCGUGCGGCCAGAGCCGGGCUCUUCUAGGGGUUCGUACCAGUCUUC